CGUGCCAGGCACGACCCCACCUCAGCACCCACGCAUAACCCCCCUGCCCCCUCCCCAACCCCCCCGACGCCGUCCAGACCCGUUCCCCGGGACCGGUUUUGUUCAUCCUGCAUCGUUUCUUGACGGCCCCGAGGGCCAGGCAGGGCCCCCCGAGCCCGAAAAAACAGCGAGAACCCCCCCGUCGUGUGUUCUUCCAUGACUCGCGGGGACUGGGUCGGCUUCCCCCCCCGCGGCGCUCCAGGCAGCUGGCGGCCUCCCUCCGUCUGACUCGGGCGCGCCAUGCCUCCGGCGAACAUGUUCGCCUUCGUGCAGUCGCGGCGCCGCGGGGGCCCGCGGUCGAGGCUCCGGGAGUCCCAGCUGAAGAUGCUGCGGCUGGAGCGGCGCUGGUCCUUCCCCGGGGCCAUCCCGCGCGGCUGCCGGUCGGUGAAGGACGUCGUGCCCCUGACCCGAGACGCCUUCUGCGUGGUCAUGAGCAGCGGCCGCGCCGACGCGUUCGCGUCGUCGGCGCCCGUUGCCCGCGGGCAGGCCCGCCCUGCGGGCCACGAGCUGGUGUGGCUCGCGAGCCUCAGCCUGUUCGACGGGGAGAGGGUGCGGCUCGUCGCGAGGGUCCGCCCCAGCGGCUCUGUGCUGGUGGUCUUCGCGCAGACCGCGCGCAGCGAGAGCCGCGAGCGCAGGGGCACCCUCUACGCGAGGGUCCUCGACCUGCCGGCGCUGCUCCUCGGGGUGGCCCAGGUUCGUGAUGCCGGCACGUUGGCGGCCGUCUCCGUUCCCGUGGGGGGCUUCAUCGAGUGUGACGAGCAGAACGGGUGCAUCUGGGCGAACGACUGUCAGGUCCUGCGGUGCUGGGAUUCGCAGACCUUCGAGCAACGCUUCGAGCUGGGACCUUGGUCGCCGGAAUACGCCCCGAACGUGCGCUUCACCGCUGGCAUGGUUGCGCUGAUGCGAUCGUCUCACGGCGGUGUUGAGGUCGACCUGCAUGACGCUUCGUCUGGCAACCUCCUUUCGAGGAAGCUGGUGGACUGCAGGCCCUACGCUGAGAAGUUUGCCUUUCUUGAGCUGCUGAACGAGUUUGCGCUGAUGAAGCGCGCUAACACAGAUGUGCUCAUUGCUGACCUCCUCGGAGACAAGGGCGCGUGCUUGAUACCGGACUCGAGUGGCUGGGAGCCCGAGCUGUUCGUGUUCAUCCCGUCUCGUGGCCUCAUCCUGGCGCGGUUCGCCAGAUCCCUGGAGAUCUGGCGAUGCGUGCGGCCAGGAACGUGCUGCCAGGUGGGCGUGGUCGAGCGAGUAAUGGACUUCGGCGCGCACCGCUUCAGCAUCGACGAGCGCCUGGGCCUGGCGCUCGUUGUCCAGUCGAGCCGGCCGCAUGCUCAGGCUCAUGCUCUGGAGGCAACUCCCGGGAGGUGCCUUCAGCAUCGGCGCUGGCACAGCCGUGGUCGAACACCGGCCCGCGUCCGGCCUGGUCCGGCUUCAGCUGGUGGAGCCCCGCCCACAGCCCUCGGCAUCGCUCCCGCGAGCCGCGGACGGCUCGUGCGUGCACUGGGCCGCGGUGGCGUCUCCCGAGGCGUCGUCGGUCCUCCACCCAGGAGCGGUGCGGUGCACGGCUGCGCCUCCCUCGGAGCCGCAGAGCUGCGCACCUCGAGUGCCGCGCCGGAGCGGGGCCCGAAGGGGCUCCAGGCAGGGUGCAGUGCAGCUGCGUCGUUCUCCGAAGGCGACAGAACGGCAUACUGGUUGCUCGUUGUGAGGACCCUCCUGGGGCCCACCGAACGGCUCUGUUCGACCCCAGUUCGACUCAAGUUCGACUCAAGUUCGACUCAGACUCGACUCCAGAGGCCCGGUCAAACCAAAAAAAGGGUGGCCAGUGAACGGGCGGGGCACGAUCUGGAAAAGAGGCAGUUCGACCUGCGUGCAUGAUGC